AUGAACCAUGGAAUUGUGUUAUCUGAAAUGCCUGAUAUUGUUCUACAAACUGUAAUGAAUAAUCUGGAUUUCCGGUCUAUAAUGAUUCUACGAAAAGUGUGUCGACGAUUUCAAUGUUUCAUUGAUGAAACUGCUCCACCGUCCUCUAUUUCAGAGAUGACACUAGCUAUGAAUUCUAGAAGAUUUCGAAUAGAAUUCUACGAUCCCUGCGCAAUUGCAGAACAGAAUAUGAUUAAAAUCAAGUACAAGCAUUCGAAGAAAGUAAGGUAUCUCGAGUUGAAAGUCAGCGAGGCAUCUGAAAUACAAUCGAUCUUACCUCUGAUCUCUCCUAAUUUCUUGGAAAUAAUUACAAUAACUAAAGGAAAAGGAGAAACCAAUAAAGUUUUGGAAUUGGAUGAAGUGGCCGAACUACAACAAUGGAAAGUUGCAACUGGUAUCGAGAUAAGUCACCAUGUGACAUUACCCAUGAAACAUUUUGCUCAUUUCUCAAAAGUAGAGAUUUCCCUCGAAACAGUUUCACAGAAAAACUUACGAUCUGUUAUGAAGAUUCUCCUUGGCACAAGAGCUCCAGAGCGUUUUCUGUUAAAUCACAAGAUAAAUGAUGUCGAUAAAAUUAAAGAAGUAUUUGGCAACCCAUAUGCAGGAAAUAUAGAAGAUCAUGAGAACGAUAAAUGCUGGUUUUUCGGAAUCCCUCGAAAUAAUGAUGAAGUCUUAAUGUCUCUCCGAAAAGUGUGUCGAGACCUUCGCAACUUCAUCGAUGACACUGUUCCAGCAACAUCAUUAGAAGAUUAUUGCAUUACUGUAAACUCAGAAAAACUGGUUCUGGAAAUGACGGACUCGGAUUCCAAAUAUAUAAAAACAGAGUAUACUGUGAAUCCACUAUCCGCUGAGUCGACGGAGAAGAUGAAUCAAAAUUCAGCUGAAAAUUUCUGGAACGACAUCGAGAUUAUUCUGAGGCAUCAGACAAAGGUUGUGCUAACCUCGCUUGUUAUAUUUUUGGAGCUGCCAGAAACUUCGAUCUCAAAAUUGGAACGUACCAUUCUUGAAAAAAACCACUCCUCAUUUCUAGCCAAAUUCCAAAACCUUCUGAAGUCUCAGCACCAACUUCUCAGAGUCAAGCACAUACAUUUUCUCGUCAGAUAUCAGGAAGAAAUUAUGUCCGUCCUGCCGUACAUUCACUCAAAAUUUUUGGAGAAAAUCACAAUUUAUCCGAAGCGAGGAGAGUCUACGAGAGAGUUGGUAUUGCGUGAAGUGGUCAAGUUGGAGCAGUGGAAGGCAGCAAAAGAGCUGGACACUAUCAGUUUCUUUAUGAUGGAACCCUUAGAAAACUAUCUUCAUUUUUCGAGUGCAAAAAUCCAUAUUGAAAAUCUCACACCGGAAAUCAUACAGCAAGUGAAAGAGAAGUUCCUCGAAAACCCUGCCAUGCAAAACUUCGAACUCCACCACGAACCAUGUUACAAAAAUCGAGAGUUCAAAGAAAUUUUUGAGAAAAUUUUUGAUGGAGAGUAUGACGAUCAGACUUAUGAGCAUCGCUGGUUUUGUCGGAUACCUGGGAAUAAUGAAGACGUGAUUUCGAUUCGAACCACUUAUUUUUCAUGGAUCAUUUUCACUCGUAUCAAGUUGUCAAAGAUUUAUGAAACUAACCAAGAUUGA